GCAAGUUAAGGAAUGGGAAGAAAGCUGAGAAGGUAGCAGAGAAAAUGGAGUGUGUGACUGUGUUGUGCUGUCCAUCCAGUUUCCUGAAAGUAAGAUCUCUCUCUGGUUCUCUCUCCUUCUUCUUCUUUCUCCCUCCAUCCUGACUAUCUAUCCAUCUGCUGGAUAGAUCAGCCUGGAGCCAGAUGACAGCAGCGUGCCACCUUAACCAGCGCUGAGCUGUCCACCUCUGUCCAUCUCUCUACAAUCCUCUCCCUCCACUUGGUGAAGAUGUAGUCUGUCUGGUCUCCAUGGAGAUGUCUCCAAAUAUAGUCUUGUCUGUCUUGUUGCCAUGGUCACUGUGUUUGCUGUUCUUCCAGACCCCUGUCACCCAGACAACCAACUUUGCCCCUAAAUCUGAAACUUCUGUGCCGGUCAAUACCACGCUUUUGUUUGACAGUGGCGCCCCAGGCCACAACCUGCGGAACUGCAGCUGCUCUACGCUCAUCCAGGACUGCAACGAGGCUCUGGCCAACUCACUGUGCAGAUGCCACACCAUUUUGCGCUCCGCUCUGCCCUCUGCUGGGCUCAGAGAGCCUGGGCAACUCACUGUCUGGGUGAAAGAACUCUGGGUCUUGGAGGAACUGCUGAACAGGAGCAUUGUUGGUCAUUUGCAGUUGUCUUUUUGUGGAAUACAACCAAUGAACAGUCAGUACGUGGCCCUGCUAGGCCUACAGACCCUCAGGAUUCACAGUGCAGCACCAGAAGCUCCCUACCCCAACCAGGAAAUUACAGUCUCCCCAACAGCAGGGGUUGCAGUAGAGCUGGAGGCCCUCUCCUUUGACUUCUCCUCUUCCUUACACAUGACCUUUCUGGAUGUUGCAGUUCUCAGUGGGCUCUCUGCCCUUAAGGUAUAUAGUGUGGUGGGACCACCUGUUCACACUCUGUCCCAGCAGUUCCCCUGCCUGGCCUUGCACUUUGCUCUGCCAUUCUCUGCUACUCCUGAUAACCCUACAGACCCCAGUGAGCAGGCUUCAGAGCCUUCACACAACCUGCUUAUUACGUUUGUCUACUAACUACAACAAGUUCUCAUUUAUGGGCAUGGUCAGGUUUGCAGUGCAAGUAACAAAUGAUGCGAGGGAGUUAUAUAUACAACACAACUAGAUGUUAUUUGUUCUCCUUUUGCACAGGAAAAGUUGCACAUGUAGAAUAAAGUAACUCUUGUAUGACUGACUGCUGUACUGUCAGUCUGAACCAAAGGUGGCUGACAUCUUUCUCUCUCUGAACCUUUUUCUUUUCUUUUUUUUUUUCUUAGUCUCUGCUGUUGUCUUUCCAAUUUCUGCAUUCAUAACGCAGAGACACAAGGUUUGGGAAUAUUCACACCAGGUACAAUUUCAAGUCUAAUUGCAGUAUAUUUCAGGUGUUAUCCUAUAACAUAAGUAUUGUAGAUUUUCUAACCAGGGAAACUGUUAUAUGCUACAACUAGAAGUGACGCUUUGCUUGUGCUAAUUUUCUGGGUACACAGUGUUCACAAAUGUUGAAUAUUAUCUCAAAGCCUUGUUAUCCCAAAAUACGGAGAGUGUUUCACAUGUACACACACAUUCUGAUUACAAAUAUUAGUACCGCUUAAAGCACCCAAUAAUUCAAUGCAAUAAGGCAUUCUUUAUAAAGGGCUUAAAAGUAGUAAGUAAUGGCUAUAUCACUGGUUAACAAAUCAUUUAAUGCUAAUGCUUAAUAGAUCAUAAUGUUGUGAACAGUGAAACCAGAUCAAAUAACAUGCACUUUGAAUUCAAACAAAUAACAACAGUGUGACUAUUUAAUUUCUUAAGAUAUCCAACAAGGGUUUGAAUUUUGAAGUCCCAAAAAGGUGAUUUUGUUUUUUUAAUUGUCUUUUUAUUAUAAUCUAGUGAAACAAGUUAUAAUCUUGUGGUAACAAGUAAUUAUCUUAUUGAAAAUCAUAUUAUCUUGUGGUAACAAGUUAUUUUCUUGUGGUAACAAGAUAUUAUCUUGUGAAACAAGUUAUAAUCUCGUGGUAACAAGUUAUUAUCUUAUGAAACAAGAUAUUAUCUUGUGAAACAAGUUAUUAUCUUGUUGUAAUAAGUUAUCUUGUGAAACAAGUUAUUAUCUUAUGGUAACGAGUUAUUACCUUGUGAAACCUUGUGUUGGCUGGUGUUUAGCCUAUCCUUUGUGUUUGUUAAUAAUACAUAUCUUAAUGUUGGUAAUCCUUUAAUAAAUGCUCAUUGGCAUCUUACUUUCUAAUAUAAUAAUAUAAUAAAAUUCAUUCAUUCAUAUUAAAACUAUGAGUUACAACUAAUAACGGGCUGCUCAGAAAAUGAUAUUGAAAAGGUAAACACCAGCUAAAGGAUAUGGAAAGCAUUAGUAAAUGAUUUAUUAACCAGGAAUAAAGUAGUUAAUUACUACGUUUAAAGCCUUAAAAAUGGUGUCUUUUUAGAAAGUGGCACCUAAAUACAUACUAUAGGGAUUAAUGACUCAAUAGAAAAAGAGCUUAUAAAGGUAGAGUAAAAGUAAGCUGUUAACAUGGCUCAGUAUUCAAGCUAAUGUUGGCACAUCCAGCUAUCAUAUCAAGGUUUUUAAUAGUCUUGAAGAUAGCUUAUACCUUUUAUACAUAGCUCUUAUAUGGAGUACUUAGCAACUCCCAAAAUCACGAGUCUGCAGAUGUGCUGGAAAACACUAAUAUUACUACAGUUAUACCAGACAUUUCAACAUAGGUUAUGUAGAUCAUAUAACUGUGUGUCCACAUCCAGCCCUGAAAAUAUUGCUUCUGCAUAACGUCUUUACAUCUGCCACCUUUCACAAUUGAUCCAAUGAGUAAUACUAAUAUAAGCUGGUGUUUGCAAAUCCCGACCUUUCACCCAGCAACUGCACGUGUGAGGAGUGUAACCAUAGCCACAACUGUCCAGAAGAGAUUGUGGACUGAUACACUGCUGCCAGAACAAUGUCGGAGACAAACCACACGCCUGCUCCCAGAGAAGGGUGAGAUGUUCCAGAUCCCACUCCCAUCUGCAAAGUGGGUGUUAACUCUUCAUCAUCUGCUCCCAUCCAGGUGUUGUCAGAUAUAUCAGGGCAACAGGAUAGCAUGGACAGUAGGGUGGAGACCCUGGACUUGACUUUGGCCACCUUGGCUGCAAUUGUUUCUUAAGUUAUACACGUAGACGGGUGAAUAACAGGAAGUCAACACUUGCCACAAGCCAUUUAGCAACAUAAGAUCUUUGCUGGUAAACCCUAAAGAUAGGUAAGGGGGAAAAAAAACAGUCACAACAUUAACUGGAGAGAUGUCAAAGUUGGUGACCAGUAGUCAGUGCACGGCUAGAGAAAGGUGAAGGGAGAGAGACAGGACAUGUAAUCUUUGUCUUACAUGUCAUUGAUAUUUGACACCUGAGCCAGUUCCACUUGCUAAUGAAGACCAUUACCUUGACAUUAGAUUCUUUUGUCACAUUGAGCUUCCAGGUUCAAACAUUGAAGCUGUCCUUAAGGCAGGCGGGCAGACACCUUACUUAAACACUUUUUGAUGUUUUUUAUCACAUUGUCACCCACCUUUGCAUGGAGCAGAUGAGGCCAUUACGUAAACAGUCGAGAUCAGGGAUUCCUUGGCCUGACCAAACCAGAAUACACUUCAAUAAUUUGGGGCCCAAAGGUGACAGCCUAACUUAACUGUAAAGGAUUUUUGUUUUCUGUUGGUGAGGAGCUGUGUGCUCUGUGGGUUAUUUGAUUAAAAACAGAUUUGUUUGACAACACUUACCACCAAAGCACGAUUAAAAACUGAAAAAAAUGGUCCUAAUGUUGUACUUGCAUUUGUAUGGCUCUGUACAACCUGGGCUCUAAAUAUUCUCCCUCUCUCUCUCUCUCUCUCUCUCCCUCUCUCCUCUCUCUUCCACUCUCCUCUCUCUCUCUCUCUCUCUCUCUCUCUCUCUCUCUCCCUCUCUCUC